GUUUUAUAAGCAUUUAUCAGUACUUCUAUGAUUUACACACAUCAAUAAUCUUACAAUAAGACCUUUAACCAUUGGUUGGUACAGAAAACAUGUUACUUAGCAUCUGGUACUUCGCACGGGCGUGUAUACAUGGUAUAAUUAUUGUUCGUGGGUUGUUGUGAUUAAUGUAUUAAUGCUUUAAUAGAAAAGGUGUGGCUCAUAGACAUUAUGAUCGUGAAAAAACAUACCCUAUAAGAAUUGGUUAAUGUGGAAAAAUUUACCUAGCAACCGUUGCUAUGGUGCUCAUUGGGUCUAUAUGGAAACAUUCAUCGCAUGAGGAAUCUAUGGGCCAGAUUUAAUUUCUGAUCUAUUCUGAGUAAAUUAUAUUGAUCAUAUUGAUCUGAACUAUGAUAAACAAUUUGUAGCUAUGGAAAAGGGUCCCUUAGAAACCGUUGCUAUGAACAAAUGGAUUAAAACUGUUGUGAUACGAAGGAACAUGCUUUAGAUUACAAUUUAUGUGAAAUAUCGCUCGUGAAAAUGUUACUCAAGUCCAAAUAUACUCAGUUACUAAAGUAAAUAUGUUACAUGCAACCGUUGCUAUAUUUGGUAAACUCACGUUGGCACCCCCUGCUAAAAAUGUUUAAAAUAACCUACCUUUGUGCCAGUUUUCAUGCUUGUACCAUUUUCUGAACAUUUUGUUUCACCAAUCACCUAGACUAAAAGAGCCAAGUUAUGGAAACACCAACUGAAUCGAUAGACACCAAUGGCUUCACUGUCGACGAUGAUUUUGUGGCUUGGAAUGCGGGAAGCAUCGAAAAUAGCGCCUUUGUUCGCACGAUGUACGGCUUGAUCGCCUUCUCUGGUAUUACGGGUAACGCCCUCGUGUGUUUCGUUCUCCUACGAAUCCCUUCACUCCGUACUCGAACCAGUCAAUUCAUCAUCAAUCUGGCCAUCAAUGACCUCGUGACAGCCGUCUUCGUCAUUCCGUUGCAUCUGUUUCCGAACUUUCCACCUGCCCCGUCCGGUUUCGCGGGCCAGCUGUACUGUCGUCUUUUCAUCUCCAAGUCUCUGCUCUGGGCUUCUAUCGUCGCAUCGGGUUUGAGUCUUAUCGCCGUCACAACAGAGCGUUAUGUCGCCGUUGUUCACCCCGUUCGGUACAAGUUCUACUUCACAACCAGACUGACCAUCAUCUUUGUCGUUGCAUGCUGGGUGUUUUCUCUGAUUUUGGCUUCGUAUCACAUGGCGUCCUUUUAUCCCUCCGACGGAAUCUGUGUAUUCGUCCCUCUCCGGAGCCCGGUUCAUUCGAUGAUCUUGGGAGUGUUUCUCUUCAUGUUUAUGUAUGCCCUGCCCAUUAUAAUCAACCUUGUGCUUCAGACCCGUGCCAUCAUUGCACUACGGAAGCAGGCCAAAUCAAUGAGCAGCGGUGAUGCACAAGCAGGUGGUGAGACCGGGAUCAAGAAGGACCGAUGGCAAUUGAGAGCAGCAGACGAGAUGCAGAAGACACUCUUGAUCGUCGUUUUGGUUUACGCAUUAUGCUGGGGACCCAACCAUUUCCUCUUUCUUGCCUUCACAUUCGGUGCACCCGUCGACUUCGCAUCUCAGUACUACCACUUUACGGUCAUCAUCGCCCUCUUCAACUCCUGUGUGAAUCCAUUUAUUUACGUCUUCAAGAACAAGUCAUUUCAAAGGGGGGUUCGUCAGGCUCUCCUGCUUGGAGGGACAACAGUUCAUCCCCUAGGGUCGGGGAGCGGAACAGGGACUGGUGGUACAUCUGACAGGGGUACGGGAUCAACCAAUGUGUAGAUUCGUCGCUACUUUCCUCAAAGUUCGACCGUCAAACGGUGAAAGUUCUCUAAAAGAAAAUAAUGGUACAAGGAUUUUAGUUAGGAAAAUUUUUUACUUAGAUUAGGGAAGUUUAUCAAAUAAUAUGAACUUGUUAGAUACGAGUCUAGUAGAUCAAGAUUAUCAACGUGGGAUCAACGUAUUACAUUCGUCUUUAAUUGCAAAACAAAGAAUCUGUUCUUAACCUCAGCUCAAUGUAAAUACAGUGAGGGCAAUGGGGCAAUCUUACGUCAGUAUACCGUGGCUUUGUGAAUUAGCACGCUCGUAUAUCUGUGCACUUAUUACAUUCAGUACCAUUUUGUUUCGUUUUAUUUUAUACCAGAGAAACAAGAACAAAGAUGAAAUAUUUAAAAAGGGGACAAAGAGUAG